GGCGGGCGGGACGCGGGCGGAGGCGUGCGGCCGGCGGCCUCGGAGAGGGGCUCCGGGUCGCAGCCUGUCCUUUGCGGACCGUCUCACCCGACGUUUCCGGGUCUCGUCAGAUGUGAAUCCGAUGGAGCAUCCCGGGGAAGGCGAGCAGCCGCAGCCGUGGGGGAGGCUCCUCCGCCUGGGCGCCGAGGAGGGCGAGCCGCACGUCCUCCUGAGGAAACCGGAGUGGACCAUCGGGCGGAGGAGAGGUUGCGAUCUUUCGUUCCCCGGCAAUAAGCUAGUCUCUGGAGAUCACUGUAAAAUUACAGUGGAUGAAAAAUCUGGUCAGGUGUCGCUGGAAGAUACCAGCACCAAUGGUACAGUCAUUAACAAGCUGAAGGUCGUUAAGAAGCAGACCUGCCUUUUACAGACCGGGGACGUCAUCUACUUGGUGUACAGGAAGAGUGAGCCAGAGCACAAUGUGGCGUACCUCUACGAGUCUUUAAACGAGAAGCGAGGCACGGCACAAGACUCCUCCGAAGCUAAUAAAGAAAACGUGUUCCACGUGACCAAAGCUACCUCAGGUGCAGGGCGAGGUGACGAUCCCCAGACCCUGCUGUCGUCACCUAGCAUUCAGGCAUGCUUUGAGGAACCACAGCCAUCAACGUCCAUGUCAGACCUCUUCCCCUCGGCCUCUACCUCUUCCACGGAGCCCGCUGUGCAGCCAGCGCCUCCCCCCAGCGCCGCCUCAGGAGGUGCUGGUGUCUCCCCGAAAGGGUCAGGUCCACCUGUGUCGAGGGAUGAAAUCUCCAGCGUCCCUUCAGCUCUCCUGGACACACAGGAAGCACCUUCUCCUCUGUCAGAACUACAGGAUCGGGAGGACUCGGAGCCGGCUCAGAAGAGAAUGAGAGGAGACAGGGAGCCCAACCCAAACCUGUGUUUGUUGGUCACAGACCAGUGUGACACCCACCCCGCCCUCGAGGAUGCCCGAGCUGCGGCCGUGAAGCCGGACAAGAUGGAGGAGACACUGACGUGCAUCAUCUGCCAGGACCUGCUGCACGACUGUGUGAGCCUGCAGCCCUGCUUGCACACCUUCUGCGCGGCCUGCUACUCGGGCUGGAUGGAACGUUCCUCACUGUGUCCCACAUGCCGCUGCCCGGUGGAGCGCAUCUGUAAGAACCACAUCCUCAACAACCUGGUGGAGGCCUACCUGCUCCAGCACCCAGACAAGAGCCGCAGCGAGGAAGACGUGCGGGGCAUGGCCGCCAGGAACAAGAUCACGCAGGACAUGCUGCAGCCCCGGGUCCGGCGGUCUUUCUCUGACGAGGAGGGCAGUUCAGAGGACCUGCUGGCGCUGUCGGAUGUGGAUAGCGAGUCCUCGGACGUCAGCCAGCCGUACGUCGUGUGCAGACAGUGUCCCGAGUACAGAAGACAGGCCGGGCAGCCCCUCCCCUGCUCAGGGCCCGGCAGCGCGCAGGGGGCACCGCAGGCCUCCGGGGACACACCGUCGGCACCUGCCGGCGUCACAGCAGCCCAAGACUACGUGUGCAGCCUGCAAGGAAGCCACGUCACAUGUACCUGCUGCUUCCAGCCCAUGCCUGACCGGAGGGCCGAGCGUGAGCAGGACCCCUGCAUCGCCCCCCAGCAAUGUGCCGUGUGCCUGCAGCCCUUCUGCCACCUGUACUGGGGCUGCACCCGGACCGGCUGCCUUGGCUGCCUCGCCCCCUUCUGUGAACUCAACCUGGGCGACAGGUGUCUGGAUGGCGUGCUCAGCAACAACAACUACGAGUCCGACAUCCUGAAGAAUUACCUGGCAGCCCGGGGUUUGACGUGGAAGAACAUGCUGACCGAAAGCCUCGGGGCCCUGCAGAGGGGCGUGUUCCUGCUGUCUGAUUACAGAGUCACGGGGAACACCGUGCUGUGUUAUUGCUGCGGCCUGCGAAGCUUCCGAGAGCUGACCUACCAGUAUCGGCAGAACAUUCCUGCCUCCGAGUUGCCAGUGGCUGUGACGUCCCGUCCUGACUGCUACUGGGGCCGCAACUGCCGCACCCAGGUGAAGGCCCACCACGCAAUGAAAUUCAAUCAUAUCUGCGAACAGACGCGGUUCAAGAACUAAGCAUUGGGAGUCUCCAAGGUGGCCUGGGAGUACAGGGGUCAAUGACAGUGUGUCAGGAAAUACCGAAUCCUAACAUUUUCAGGGCAUUUUACAGUCCUCCUCGGGACGCUGGGGGUGUCUGCGCUUGGCACUCUGCUGGGAUUUUUUUCUCUUGUGAAGCAUACACGACCAUCCUCCGAGCUGGGGGCCAGCCGAGGCCAUCAGCCCGAAGAACAGCCAUCAGCCGUCCCCUCCCAUUGAGGUGACGACAGCAGGUUUGCUGUGUGUACCUUUCCCAGCACUGUGGCUAAAGCGAAAGUCUUUCUUCAACAAAAGAUUGUCAGAAACGUGUUGUUUGAGGAAAAGCAGCAAACACUCAGCCUGCAGCGGUGCAGAGUGCCCUGCUGCAGAAAGCCACGAUGUCUUCUGUAUUUUUAUUUUAAUAGGUUUGGUGCUUAACUCCUAAUGAGAUUUAAAUACCACAAACUGUAGCACAAAUAAUAUAAUUCAUACUUUACAAAUUGACAAAAAUCGGGGGUAGUAUGGUAUUUGAAAGAAUAAACAUGUUCCUGUUUAUUAAAACAAAUCAUGAGGUGUCCAGAACUGCCAGCCCUGGACCCCAGCAUUGAGUGCGCGGCCCCCCAGGUGUGUGAGUUGGCUCACCACCACUCCGAGCACAGCACUGGUCCGUGCUGCCCCACCAUCAGCACAGCUGCAGGCCCCACCAGCUGUCUCUGCGUCCUUUACUCCUCCCCUGGGUGUCCAGGGUGCCAGGUGCACGUCAGCCCUGGUGACCCCAGCCCCCUGGAGCAGCCCCUUCCUGCCAAGAGCACGAGGGCCUUUGCUUCCACCAGUCCUUGAUCUUUCCUCCUGCGUUGGGUUUGCCAUGCCAUCUGGAAUAAUACUUGAAAUUUUGUGUUUUGUAAAAGAAAAAAUGUUUUUUAUUUUUUGUGAAAAGCACCUGUUAUGUUUGUUUGCAAAAUUGUAACUUUUUUGCUUCUCAGGAAUACGGUUUUCAACUGUUGACUUGCUCUUGAUACAGACUCUGAGAAGCAGCACCCUGUCUGCGGACGAAGGCCUCCUACCUGCGCGCUAAUAAACACGCCGUGUCUGUUUCUC